GACAACAGAUGUAUCAGAAAGACAGACAUGUUUAAUGUUGUUCAAUAGUUAUUGUGAAUAUUGUUAUAAAUUUAAUAGUUAACAAUAUAAAAAUUUGAAUACUAUUAAGAAAUAAUAAUGACUAUUCUACCUACUAUACGAAAAACAACCGGUGGCGCUGAAGAAAAUAAAGAUGCUAGUCAACAGAAUGCUUCUACUGAAAGAACAAAUAGAAGAAAUGAUAUCAAUAACAUUCAAAUACAAUCCCUUUCUGAAAACUCUACAAGUACAAGAAGAUCAUCUUAUAAAAAUGAUAGAAAGGAUCGUUUCCAUAAAAGAUAUAAAGAAUCAGAGAGACCGAGGGAUAGGGAGAGUGUAAGAGAACAAAAACGGGAAGUUAGAAGAGAACAAAAAAGAGAAAGGAUUGUGUUGGGCAAACGUGAUAUAAUCUCUGAACCUUUACAUGAGCCGAGCGCUAUUACCUCCCCUACGGAUAGUUCUUCUGCUGAGGUACCAUGCAAUAAUGAUAAAAUUGUGAUUAAGGAAGACUGCACUGGUUUUAAUAGUGAAGAUGAGUAUGAUGAAAGUUUUUUUAAAAAUAGGAAUCUCACAGAUGAGGAAUGGCAAAAGAGGGAUGCUCUUUUUGCACGUUAUAUGUCCACCCUUGGAUUUGAAAUAAAAAAUAUGCAUGAAGAUGGUGCUUGCCUCUUUCGCUCAAUUGCUGACCAAGUAUAUGGAGAUCAAGAAUUUCAUUUUCAAGUCAGGCAAGAUUGCAUGAAUUACAUUGUACAGAACCGUGACUAUUUUGAACCCUAUGUUACUGAAGAUUUUGAAAAAUAUGUAGCUCGAAAGCGUACUUGGCAUGUCCAUGGUAACCACUUAGAAAUUCAAGCUAUGAGUGAACUUUACAAUAGAGCAAUUGAAGUCUAUUGUUAUCAAGUUGAACCUAUAAACAUAUUUAAUGGAGCAAGAAUUACUUCUUAUGAACCAAUCAGACUCUCCUAUCAUAGAAUGUGCCACUACAACUCCAUCAGUAACCCCAACAGUCCGUCUGUUGGUGUAGGUCUAGGCCUUCCUAAUUACAAGCCUGUUGAUAUUGACAGAAGAAGAUUCAAUGAUGCUGUUAGAGCAAGUGAAGAAUUACUCAUUGAACAGACUAUGUUGGAAGAUAAAAUCAAAGCAACUGAUUGGGAGGCUACCAAUGAAGCUAUAGAAGAACAAGUUGCUAGAGAAUCAUAUAUUCAGUAUUUUAGGGAUACAGAGAGGCGAUUAAAAGUUGAAGGACAUGCUCAAGCUAGUGCCAGUAGCUCUACAAUAACUUCAGCCAUGAUUUCAAGUCCUAGAACUUCUAGACGUGGAUCAGUAUCACCUAAAGGUGGACAGUCUCCAAAGGGAUCUUGUUCCCCAAAAAAUAGCUUUUCCCCUUUAGCAAGUCCUAGAUCAAAUUCUGGCAAUAUGUCAAUGAUUCCCGACUUUGGUAUUGAAAAUGUGCCUGUACCAUUUGUUCCUACGAAAGAAGAAGAAGCCCUCGCUAAGAGAUUAUACAAUUCUCCAAGGCGAAUCACUGAGCAGACCGAUACUAACUUUCCUGGUGAACCAUUGCCUCCAGAUUUCUCUAAUCAAGCUGGUCCUUCUACCAUUGACAAUAACCUUGGAUAUGAUGACUUUGAUCAAGAGAUAAUGGCCCAAGUGCUGGCAGAAUCCCAGAAAACGUACCUAGAAGAACUGAAACAUAAAUCCAAGAAAAGAAACAGUUCACCGGGGCCAUCAACUUCAUCAUAGUGGACACGAGUAUGCAGUUGAACAUUAAGUUUUAAUCUAAUUCUUCUUCAACUUACAUAAUAUCACCUAUCAGGCUGAUCUGUGUAUUUUUACAAUUUUAUUCGCUUUUUAAUAAUAGUACCAAGUGAUAUUCAACAUUGAUAAGAGUUAUUGCAAUAAUAAUUGUGUUAGGGGUAAUUAUUGCCCACCACAAACUACUCGAAUUAUUUGGUUUGAAAUUCAUCAAAAAUCAUCAUCUGCAGCUUUAUUUAUAUGAUUUGUCAUCUCGUGGCCCUCUUUACAUAUUUAGAUAUUCAUCCUUCAAUUAUUCCUAUCAACAAGGCCUUCCUGAUCUCUUUCUAUUUUCAAAAAUUGAUAUGCAUCGAGCUUGACUAUGAAUUAUUUCAUUGGAACCGCUCAUAUUUCCAGAUUUUGUCUGAAACAAAAUAUUUCAAAUAUUAAUGAACAAACAUUUCAAAAUUUGAAAGUGAAUAUGAAAAUUUCGAAAAAAAUUCCCCAUUAUCUUUUUUAUUUAAAUUUACAAAUUCAUAUACUCAAUUUUUAAACCAUUCGAUUCGAUUUUCUGCGCAAAGUAGCGCCACUCGACUAUCAAAUUUUAUUUUAUUUAAAACUAAUUUGUACAUACCUUACUGUCAAGUAAAUUAAUCCACUGCCUACAAUAAAUAUUUUCACAAAUUCCGCCGAAUUAAACUGAUAACAGUUAUAAUUACUAAAUACACUUAAUACCUACUAUAACUAUAAACUAUGACAAAAAUCGACAAAAACGGAACGAAAAUCAUCGCACUAUUAAAAUAUUCUACCUUAAAUUGUUAAGGUAGGUAGUAGGAUGUUAUUUCAAAAUUAAAAUUGUGUUUUGUGUCAGUAUAACUCAUAGUUCUACUCGAUUUCCACUACCUCUAUCACCUUGGGUUGAGUCAUCUUCUGGGUCUCUUCAUGUUUCUCUAUAUUCACUUAUAUGUUAUACAUAUGUUAUAUGUAUAAGCUUCGACGAGAUGUAGAUAUAUAAACAGCGAAGCUAUUAUACAGGAUGGUAUCAAUGAAGAAACUAAAAAAAUGAAUAUAGUUUAAAAUAAAAACUAAAGAACACGCUGUUAAAGCUCAUCAAACUAAAAAGUUGAAAAUAAUUCCUAGAAUAACAAAAAAAUAUGAAUGAAAAAUAUUAGUAUUAUUGUGAAAAACUGUCGGGGGUUCCAUGUACGAGAAAUGUGGUACAAAGUACCCCACUUGUUUUUUACAAUAAUACUAGUAUUUUCCAUUCAUUGUUGUUUUAAGCUUAUUUUAAAAAUUAUUUAGUUUUCCGUGCUUUAAAAGUUUGUUCUUUAGUUUUUAGUUUAAACUAUAUAUAUUUUUCAAUUUUUAGUUUCUUAAUUGACACCAUCCUCGUAUGAUGGCUUCGCUGCUUAUAUACCUACAUAUAGUCUAAAUUGGUAUCGAGCCUACGGGGUAGUUGGUAAGGUUGUAGAAGUACUUAUUUUCCAACAUUUGCCACUUUCUCUCAGUCUAAAGGAGAAUUACAAGUGAACAAACAAACCCAUAUACAGGUGAAGCUAAUAAAAGCGUGUUAAAAAGACUGUAAUUGAAAUGAGAGGAGUUGGCAACAUUUUAUUCUUAUAUAUAAAUAAAAAACAACUUGGGGUGUCGUGGCUUAUCCUCAUACACAUCUAGAAUUAUCUGAUUUAAUAUAUGGCGGGCAUUUAUCAUAAAUUAAUAUGUUUUCCAAUAAUAAAAUAAUUCAGUAUUAAUAAUGCCAGUUAGAGCUUGAAAUAAUAUGAUCACAAGAUAUAUUUAGUAAUAAUUAUUAUUUAUCACAGUUUUUUCAACUUUUUCAUACCAGAAUAGAUUUGAACGAGAUUUGCACAGAUUAGUCUUUUUUCUAAGACCAUGUAUUUUAUAUAACAGUGAAAGUUGUGUACUUUUUAGACUUUUUCAUUGUUCGAGUGUUGCACUUAAUUUUACAUUAUCAAAUCUGUCAAAAUAUUUUCAAGGAAAAUUUUAUUUUCAAAUUUUAGAUAAUCAUUGCAUGGUGAAACAUUAACAUUCCAAGAAUCAAAAUACUCAUAACAAUUGCUGAUGUUGAUUUUAUACAUAUUAUUUCAAUUAAAUUUCAUUCGAUUAAUUAUAUGAGUAUUCCUGGAAAAUUUCGGCAGAUUUUAUUUAGGGGAUGUUUUUAAUAAUUUACUUACAAUACAUGUUCGCCGAGGCGACUCUAGGAACGCGAAUGCGCGAGACUCGAAUAUAUAUUGCCGCGAAUAUACCUCGAAUCGGUUCGUGCGUUGACUCGCACACACUAGAACUGUGUAGUGUACAUUCUCGAUUCUAAGGAUGUCUGAAAUCAAUAAAGUAUGGAUAUUUUUGAAUAUAUUGAUAUAUAGGUACAUGAAAAAUAAAUAUUUGGCCCAAUGUACUUCAUUCAUCUUGUAUGUGGAUAUGGAUAUCAUAUACACUACGACCCAUAGGAUCUAUAAUGUCCCCAUUUCUUGCUGCGAUACUGGGGAUUCAACAUCUAAUAGAAAUAUUAUCCAGGCUACUAGAUGCUCCAUGAUAUUUAUCAAAUCACACCCAUCUCAUGGACCUGAGAGUGCCCACAGGACACAAGACAAUCAUCAAACACCAUAAAACCAUGGAAACUCACCCAAAUCCACUACUAGACCUACAGGACAGGAAGUUAUAGAAGACGAUCAUCAAACACCAUAAAACCAGGAAAACUCAUCCAAAUCCACUAUUAGACAUACAGGACAAGAAGUUACAAAAGGGACAAUCAUCUAACAUCAAAAAAUCAUGGAAACUCACCCAAAUCCACUAUUAGGCCACAAGGACAAGAAGUUGUAAAAUAGACUAUCAUUGAACACCAUAAAAUCAUGGAAACUCACUCAACUAGAGGAAUUGUUAAGACCAAGAAUCACAAAAAGGCUGACUGAUAGACCUAGUAUGAGGUAUUGGAGGUUACAUUAUUUGGAUGUAAACCUCAUCAAGACAUCAGAGAAUGUAAAUAAAUAAUUCUGAUUGUUAAUAAAAGUUUGUUAUAAAAAAAACAGUUGAAAUAUUUUUUCCUAUGGUCAUUAAUAUUCAUUUAACAUACUAGAUAAAUACUAAUCAAUAAACAUAAUUUUUAAUAAAUCCAGAACAAAGAUAAAAAAUAUACAGAUACAGACAUGAGAAAACUAUUUGAUUUAUAUACUCUGUUGUUACUGUGAGAUUUGCAGCAGAUGUCACUCUCUGAAGAAACGGAGGUCGCAGGCGAUAUUAAAUACUUUAUGUCUGAAAGGAUUGGGGUGAAAUGGCGACAAUCAGAAUUUGGUUGGAUUAUCUUUUCUGGGUAUUAUAGGUAUUUUCUGAGUUUGGAAUUGUUGUGGUAGUAGUGGGUCUGAGUUCAGGGGAAACAACGGGCAGGUUGCGCAUGCUUGAAAAAUACCUUGUACAGGUUGAGAAUGCGUAGAACCGGAGUGGAACCUCGGCGGAUAGAGAAAUCGUUAUCAUUCUGUCUUUUUUAGUCGGAACAGCUUCCACUUAUAGAAACUGUCCAUAUAGAAGUAUUACAUAAAUGCUGACACUGAACUUAACUGACGUUGACAGACAAGUUGCCAAUUUAAAAACUAACUCGAGUACCAUUUUAAAAAGCAGCAAGUCGAGUCGACCAAAAAAAAAGAAAUUUGUUGUACAUUAUCUGUUCUUGGGUCGCUUCUACGAGCAAGUACUGUCAACAUUACAGAUAUAUAUAUAUAUAUAUAUAUAUAUAUAUAUAUAUAUAUAUAUAUAUAUAUAUAUAUAUAAACCUUCAUCAUACUAUUUAUGUGAAACUGAUCCGUUAUUAUUUAUUUAGUUAUUUUUAUGCCCAGUUACAAAAUAUGUAUGAUAAAAAUAUAUUUUUGACAGUCGAUGAAAAUUAUUAAGGGGAUAUUCGAUUGUCGUUAAAUACUGCUUGUGAGAUUGUAUUCGAUUUAUAAUCAUUUUAAAUAUAAUCAGUAUAAUUCAUUCAAAAUUAAGUAUAUAGUUGUUUCAACUAAUUACAUGACUAUUAAGUAAAUUUUUAAAGGAACACACUUUUGUCUAUGCGAUCUACGGGUUUGGAUCGUAGUGUCCAAUAUUUUUUCCGUAAAUUAAUUUUUUGGUUAUAGAUAAAAGUUUUUCCAUUAUUAUAUAUAGUUGUAAGCAUAAAAAUCGUGGUUAAAUUUCCCUACCAAAAAAUUUGUAGCUUUUGAAAUAAUUAUUUGUUUUUAUAUUUUUAUUGAACACACUGUUUACGCUACCACUACAUCAACCUGUCCGAUUUGCGUUUCGAUAACCAAUUCAUCUUCUCCAGACACCGAAAGUUAGUGGCAGUAAACGUUGUUCAGUAACGAUUCAUUCCUCUACUUAUACAGUGUGAUUCAUUAAAAUUUAUAGAUCCUGAAAUAUUAUGAUUCAGCACAAUACAGGAUACAGUUCUAAUUUUACUUUGUAAAAGUGUACUUAAAAUAUGCGAAUUUAGUUAGGUACGUGCUACCAUUGUCGAAAAUAAUUACAAUUAAUUUCAUUUGCCAAAAAUUUUUUUUCAUUAUUUAUAAGGGUAAUUUUUAUGUUAGAAACUAAAAUAUAAUAAGUAAAGGAGGACAUAAUAUGUGUACAAAUUAUUAUUUUGAUCCUAAUUAUUGAUUUAGGUGUAUCUAACCUAACUUUUUGAUUUAACACUUACCAUUACCAGUGGUAAUGACGUCAUAAAUCCUUACAUAUAUCCAGAGUACGUUUCACUUAACGUCCGCAUAGUAGAGGAACGAGAAUAAAAUUUAGUGAAUUUUCAAGAAUUUCUAAUAAAACUGACUGCAUAUAUCAGUUUCAGAAUUGUUAGAAAUAGUUUCUUUUGUUUAUAAAGGGUGUUUCAAUGGUUCCGGAAGUUACGUAGAACAUACUGGAGAAAAUUGUGUCAUAGAUAAUCUUCAUAUACCGAGAAACUAUUUCUCUAUGUGGAAAUUGUGAGUUUAUGAAAUUUUCUAACCAAGAAGAUUGAAAUUUUGUUUCAUAAAUGACAUUUUUUAUAUAGAUUUUAAUUUAAAUUUUACAUUAUUAUAUUUACAACAACUUUAACUGAUAAUCUACUCUAUAUGUAUAUAUUUUAAUAUUAGAUACAUAAACGUGUUUUAUACACGUGCAGUAUUUUUGAUAUGUCGUUGAUGUAUGACGUCAACGCAAUUGCUGACUUGUUAAGUCAAUAAUUGACGUCAUUACUACUUGCUAAAGUAGAGAGUUUUUCACAAUCCAAGAAAGUGCCUUUACAAACCUACAUAAGACGCAAAAGUCGUAAAUUUAUGACUAUUUAUUGGAGCCGCAUUAAUUUUUUGUUAAUAGUAUCUUGUGAUAUAUUGCUCCAACUUUCACAUCGAGCAUUCUACAUUUAUUCUCACGAGGAUGACCACAAUUACGGACGUUCCUAUCAAACUAUUCCCACAAAAGUUCAAUGAGAUUGAGGUCCGGGCUCUGAGGAGGCCAAAUCAUAUUUAUUAACACCCCUUGUGCCUCCUUCUCUUCCAAAUACACUCUGUAUAAUUUUGAGCUAUGCUUAAGAUCAUAGUUCUUUUCGAAGAUGAAUCCCUAUCCAAAUCAUCGCAAUCCCUGUUUCAUAAUACCGUCAAUUUUUAUCAAAUCGUUAGUUACAUUAUUAGAAAAGCAACCCUUAGGCCAUAAUUGAACCACCACUUUGGUUGAUUGUUAGGACUACACAGUUUGGUAUCAUAGACACUGCGUCGAACGUAAAUUAUUCGGUUUGAACUCAAACUUUGUUUCAUCGGUCCAUAGAACUUUUUUAAAAUCUUCUUCAGUCCAAUCUCGAUGGGCAAGUGCCCAAUACAUCGGUUUUUUUUCUCGAUUUGUGACGUUAGCAAAGGUUUUCGUACGACUACCAUACAACUUCGUAAGCACCAAAGUUGUAGUGGAACAAUUAAUCUCAUCAUCAGUUUCCCCCAAAUAGUCUCCAUGAAAAUGACUAUAACCGUGGCUCUUUUUCUUCUACAUACAUUCCAUUGCGACGAAUUAAGUCUUCGUGAAGGGAAUCAAUGCUAUCGAAUUAUUCACAAUUUUCCAAACUGUACUUUCAUGAAUGCUCGUUAAAGCUGAGUCUCUUUCAACGAAAAGUAUGUUUCUUGGCCUCACUCUACUAACUUUAAGUAAACAAUUUUAAUUAUCAUUUUUACCUCAAUGGGCUGAUACUAUUGAACUUUAUAAUACACAGUUUUAUGGCUCGAAAUGAACUGACACAGACAAAGGCGUUGGUAUAAAUUUAAAGAUAGAAUGUAUUCUAUUGCAUCUCAUAUAUUAACUGGAGGCUAAUCAUUUUCUUACAUCGUGAAAAAUUCUGUAGGAGUGUAUAUUUCAUUUUACUGUCAUUUAUCUACAGUUUUAUUCGAUUCUCUCAUGAGUUAUUUUGGGAAUUUACAAGAAUUCUCUCAUAUUAUGAAAUUUUUUACUUCAAUAUUGAUAAAAAUCUAUUUUGUGAAUAAUUAAAAGUAACUUUUAUUUACUUUUCAUAAAAAAUUUUCUAAUUUUGUAUGUUUUGGCAAACGUUUUGUUGUUUAUGAAAUUUUUAGUUUGAAGAAAAAAUCGAUUCAGCUUUAAAUGAAAAAAAAAUAUUUUUAAAAAUUAGUAAAAACAGAAAAUUGUCAAAACAUCGUAAGUAUUAUCAACAAUCAUAGUUAAUAUUUUCGCCAUAAUGUAUUAAUUUUAUGUACGUUAUUUUGUACGAUUUAGGAUUGUAUUGAUGUUGGUGAAAGUGUGUUCGGUAAUCAUUUACACUAACCAACAAAGUUGUGUGAUCCUUCUCUUAUUUUUAUUCCGGAAUCUAUUGUGUCAAUAUCAAAAAACUGAAUCCGAAUAGUUUAUUAUACACCAUUAUUACUUAAGCGAAAAUCUAACAAUAGGUUGUAUGAUUUAGUGGUAUAUUAAUGUGAUAAUUAUUUUAAUAUUUUGUUUAGUAUUUUAAUAUUGUGUUUCUAUUGAUUCAAGGUAUUUCAUAAUUUUGUUAUAUAUUGUAAAAAUAUAGUUAUUCAAGGACA